GAGCGCUGGUGUGGACGGGAAGCUGCCGGCCCGGCGGACUAACUGGAGCACGGACGUCGCAGCCGCUUGGGCCGGUGCCCUUUCCCGCUCUGGGAAGGAAGAGAGAUGGAAGUGAGGAAGUUGAGCAUUUCCUGGCAGUUCUUGAUAGUUCUGGUUCUGAUCCUGCAAAUUCUGUCUGCGCUGGAUUUUGACCCAUACAGAGUCCUAGGGGUCAGCCGAACAGCCAGUCAGGCUGACAUUAAAAAGGCUUACAAGAAGCUCGCCCGGGAAUGGCAUCCUGAUAAAAACAAAGAUCCUGGAGCCGAAGACAAGUUCAUUCAGAUCAGCAAGGCUUACGAGAUUCUUUCCAAUGAGGAAAAGAGAACCAACUACGAUCGUUACGGGGACGCUGGAGAGAGCCAGGGCUACCAGAAGCAGCAGCAGCACGAGUAUCGCUUCCGCCAUUUCCAUGAAAACUUUUACUUCGAUGAAUCGUUUUUUCACUUCCCUUUCAAUUCGGAGCGACGGGACUCCAUUGAUGAGAAGUAUUUAUUGCACUUUUCCCACUAUGUGAAUGAAGUAGUGCCGGACAGCUUCCGGAAGCCCUACCUCAUUAAGAUCACCUCCGACUGGUGCUUCAGCUGCAUCCACAUCGAGCCUGUCUGGAAAGAAGUCGUUCAGGAACUGGAAGGGCUGGGUGUGGGAAUUGGUGUCGUCCACGCAGGCUACGAGAGGCGCCUGGCCCAUCACCUGGGCGCCCACAGCACGCCCUCCAUCCUGGGGAUUAUCAACGGGAAAGUCUCCUUCUUCCACAACGCAGUUGUCCGGGAUAACCUCCGCCAGUUUGUAGAGAGCCUUCUUCCGGGGAACUUGGUGGAGAAAGUUACAAGCAAAAAUUAUGUCAGAUUCCUCACUGGCUGGCAGCAAGAAAACAAACCUCAUGUCCUUCUGUUCGACCAGGGACCCACGAUACCGCUGCUCUAUAAGUUGACUGCUUUUGCACACAAGGAUUACUUGUCCUUCGGAUAUGUGUAUGUCGGCUUUCGAGGGGCCGAGGAGAUGGCAAGGCAGUACAAUGUCAAUGUCCAGGUCCCCACCAUGCUCAUCUUCAAGGAGCACAUCAACAAGCCAGCUGACAUGAUCCAGGCCCGUGGGCUGAAGAAACAGGUCAUUGAUGACUUCAUCACCCAGAACAAGUACCUGUUGGCGGCCCGUCUCACCAGCCAGAAGCUCUUCCACGAACUCUGCCCCGUAAAGCGCUCUCACCGACAGAGGAAAUACUGUGUGGUCUUGCUGACUGCGGAGGCCACCAAGAUGAGCAAAGCCUUUGAGGCCUUCCUGUCUUUCGCCUUGGCAAACACACAAGACAUAGUGAGAUUCGUGCACGUGUACAGCAGCCGGCAGCAGGAGUUUGCCAGCACCCUGCUCCCCAACAGCGAGGUGUUUCAGGGGAAGUCAGCGGUGUCCAUCUUAGAAAGGCGCAACACAGCUGGAAGGGUGGUGUAUAAAACCCUGGAAGACCCCUGGACCGGGAGUGAGAGUGACCGAUUUGUCCUUUUGGGUUACCUUGACCAGCUGCGGAAAGAUCCAGCCCUUCUGUCCUCGGAGGCUGUGCUUCCGGAGCUGACGGAUGAGCUUGCCCCUAUGUUCCUCCUGCGGUGGCUCUACUCUGCCUCUGACUACCUCGCAGACAUCUGGGAUAGCGUGUUUCACAACAACUGGCGGGAGAUGAUGCCCCUGCUGUCGCUCAUCUUCUCCGCCCUCUUCAUCCUCUUCGGCACCGUCAUCGUGCAGGCUUUCAGUGACUCAAGCGAGGAGCAGGAGUCCCAGCCCCCCGAAAAAGAGGAAGUCCCUGAGAAGACCGGGAAGACGGAGCCGAGCUUCACCAAAGACAUCAGCAGCAAGAUUCCGAAGAAAGGCUUUGUGGAGGUCACGGAGCUCACGGACGUGACCUACACCAGCAACCUGGUGCGCCUGAGGCCCGGCCACAUGAAUGUGGUCCUCAUCCUGUCCGGCUCCACCAAGAACAGCCUGCUGCAGAAAUUUGCUUUCGAGGUCUACUCUUUCACCGGGAGCAGCUGCCUGCACUUCUCCUUCCUGAGCCUGGACAAGCACCGGGAGUGGCUGGAGUACCUGCUGGAAUUUGCUCAAGACGCAGCCCCCAUCCCGAACCAGUACGAUAAGCAUUUCAUGGAGCGGGACUACACGGGCUACGUGCUGGCUCUGAACGGCCACAAGAAGUACUUCUGCCUUUUCAAGCCCCCGAAAACAGUGGAAGAAGAGGAGGCCCUGGGGGCGAGCGGCGACCUGGACCCCUCCCUCCACCUGGGCGAGUCUCGGGGGAAGUCUUCCUACGCGGGGUCCAAGCCCAUCAAAGGCAAGUUGAGCAAGCUGUCCUUGUGGAUGGAGCGGCUGCUAGAAGGAUCCUUACAGAGGUUUUACAUCCCGUCGUGGCCGGAGCUAGACUGAGUCCAUUUCCAAAGGAGAUGCGAACUCUUGUGAUUUUUAACAUGCCCCAGGAAACAGGUAUUUUCAGGACUCAAGCUAUCUCACGGAACAGAGUAGACAUUUAGGGUUACUCUCCAGAACAAUGCCUAGAUUCUUCCUCUGCCCCGCCCGCACCCAGGACAGGUUUGAAUUCCCUAGACGCGAACACUCGCCUCUGGGUUCCCCUGUCCUCUGAAUGCCACCGCACUAUUUAAAGUAGACCGCUCGUUCCUUCCACCCUGCCCGCCCCGCCCCGUCCUGCCCCAGAUGGCGGAGAAAUCCAGGGCCUGACCCUGAGCAGGACCCGUCCUGCAGGUCAGGUGGGAUCGUCAGCCUUCCCACCCCCCGCCCCCCUCAGGCCCCAGCCUGGCCCCCGCUGUACCCCUUCACGGCGCAUGCUCCUACCAGGGAACGGCCCACCGCGGCCGCAGGGCCCCGCGUCCUCAAAGCGGCCCAGUUCCAAGCAAUCACUCUCCCGUGGGAUGGUUGUUCUGGGAGCGAGCAGCUGAGAAAUGUAUUUUGGGGGUAUCCCCCACAACAGUUUGCCAGGCACGGUUUUGGAAGGAAAGGGGCGAGUGGGGGGCUCUGCGGAUGAGCUCUCCCCCCACCACCCCCCCGGCAGAGGGAAGGGACUGUGAGGAGGCUCCCCUCGGCCCCGCUGGCCACCCGAGCCCCCGGGGACAGGGCCUGCCCCCCAGAUGCACGCACUGUAAGACUGAGCCGCUGACCUGUACGUUUCAGAUGCCUUUCUGCCUCCGUCGAUCUUAGGGUAUGGAUAUUUAGGAGCCAUAACUUGUAAUCUUGUUCUCUGGACGUAGAUAAAUAAGCUGCUAUAAAGCCAGUAGAUGUAAAACCGAAGACAAGUUCUUCCUGCCCGCCGGGAGCCGGGUGGGGGAGCCUCCCGGCCCCGGGCGUCUCUCUAGUAAAAUGCCGGAUGCAUCUUUGUACCAAGGAACUUAAACUCUCUCGACAGUUGCAUUUUGAACAUUGUCAUCCCCAAAGUGCUGUAUCUUCAACUCAUUUUGAGGUGUUUUUUGUUUUGUUUUGUUUUGACAUACGAGCCAAGGCUCAUUCUAGACCCCCAUUCUGAACAGUGCUCCCUUUCCACUCGUGGUCCGUGUUUUGGUGUCUCGGCUUCACUGGCUCACCUCUCCCUAACGCCCCUGUCCCGUGUCAGCUCACACCCAUCCUCCCCCUCUGUGCCCUGGGCCUCUGUGCCCUUGGCACCCUGGGCUCCAGCCGGUCACGCCAGCCCCCUUUAGAGGGCAUGCUCUGUUCUUAGCGCCAGACCACCAGUGGAGUUUGGCCAACUUCACUAAGCGUGGUCUUGUUCUACCGCCCCAGCAAACGCCCUUUCACCGUGUGAAGGGCACAAAUCAGGGAUGGGACAUUGAUGAAGUUAGUAUUCCUGUCAUCGUAAUUGCUUUCUCAACAAAGCCACUUGGAUCCUAAUCAUUUAAACAUCAAGCUACAGUGGUUAAGUGAUAAAUUAUUUGAACCCAAGAAUUCCUGUAGUUUUCAUCAAGUCUAUAGCUUUAUUAAAAAAAUAAUAAUUUAAAAAA